AUGAACGCCUUAUACAACCAUGCAUUGAAACAGAAGAGUCAAUUGACUUCUGAUCUGGCAAAAUUUGAAAAUAAUCUUAUGACUUCACCAAUAUCUCUUCAAGGUUCAAUAUCAGCAACUUUAGUAUCUUUCGAAAAGACUAUAAAUCAAUACAACGAUUUCUUAUCAAAGAAUAAAGAAUUAGAAGAUAACGAAAAAUAUAGCAAUAGAUUAGAUCAAUUACGUGAAGAAUUAAACAAUUUUUCAACAAAAUUUAAAGAUUUAAAGAAAAAUUAUAACGAAUUAAAUAACGAUAAGAUGAGAAAAAAUUUAUUUGGUACGACAUCUUCUGAAAACCCCUUUGACGAAGAUACUACUAUAAGCAAUAGACGAAGACAUCAACAAAAUGAUGCCAACGAUUUAAAUAUGUUUGAUGGCUUACAAAAGGAAAAUUCAAUCUUUAACAGAGGUAAUUCACAGUUAGAUUAUAUAUUAGAAAUGGGUCAAAACUCUCUAAAUGAUAUCAUUGAACAAAAUCACAUUUUAGAAAAAGUUCAAGAUACUUUAACUAAAUCGUUAAGAACUUUGAAUGUCUCAGAAGAUACUAUCCAACUAAUCAAUAGAAGAGCAUUCCAUGAUAAAUUAAUAUUCUGGUUUGCAUUAUUCUGUCUAUUUUUGGGUAUUUAUUUCAUUAUUAAGUUUCUAAGAUAG